AUGACAUCCGACCCUGGAGUAUCCUUCUUUAUUAAAUUUCACGACCUUGAUCCGCGUGCACAGAGACAAUGCAUCUUUUAUACUCUCAAAGGGAAUAGAUGUAGUUGGGACUGUCGAGAAGUAGACAAUGAGCGGGCCAUCAAGCUCUAUGGUCAGAUUAAUCUUGCGCCCGAUACUGAGCUUCCGAGUCUUGAAGUCCUUGAAGAUUACGCAAAGUACAAUUGUUGCGGGCCAAAACCCAAAGGCGCUCGCCAUCAGAAUCGUAUUGAAGAUGUCGAUCUUCUGACGCCCUUGGCCGAGAGGUGGCUAGAUGAGAUCCGGCAGCGACGUUCGGCCUGCAAGGUGAUUACGCGGAGUUCAACUCCUGCAACCGAGGAUGAACAUACUAUCACUUCGCCAGAGGCUACAAUCGCCUCAUUUGGCGGUCCUUUGGCGACAACAUAUCCUUCCGAAUUACCCACGAUCAUCGAAGCUCAAAGCUCUGUCUCAACCGCAGCUGAAUUUGUUGUCGGCGUCCCAUCCAACCUGCAGAGCUCUGAAGAAUAUUCGAAAUUCAUUGAGCACGGAUGGAACUUAGAAGAAACUGAACGCUAUGAUCUCCGACGUCGCAAUGAUCCUGGGGAUAAAGACAAAGGCAUUGGCAGCUCCAACCCAAGACGCCGGGCACCACUUUCAACUUUCCGCCCCCACGUCGAGGAGCCUGACGAGAAUGUAAUGUCCAAGAUUCUGAGCCCCCUUGUGAAAGACGACUUCAAGAGAGGCUCCCUGUAUAUCUUCACUAGGGUUUCUUCUCCAGGCUAUGUCAAGAUUGGCUGGACCUCUCGGGAAGUCGAGGGCCGCCUUGAAAGCUGGGCCAGAUGCGGAUACGAGCCCAACCUAGUGUUUAGCGUUCAGAAUGUUCCCUAUGCCCAGCGAGCGGAGACUCUGACACACUACGAGUUGGCCACAGAGUGGCGCGCAGAGCGAAGGUGUAAAGGAUGCGGGAAGAGUCACAGAGAAUGGUUCGAAGUCAGUCAAGAGAGAGCAACCCAGGUGGUGGCAGAGUGGGCAGAGUUUAUGAAAUCAGCAACAAUAUACGACGCGAGUGGUGGGAUCGAGAACAAUUGGAGAGAUGCAAUCGAUAAAAUGAGCAAAAUGGACGAGUCGGUCACUGCAAAUAAGUUACUAGGGCAGUACAGGGCAUCCAUACUCGCAAUGGCAACAUUGGAAGUGCCAGUUGAAGAGGACGAUACACUCGAGGCUGAAGUUUCUCAAAGUGAAACACCGGCUAGCUCGGACAGAGAUCCGGACACUUUCGAGCUAUUAAGCAUGAAACAGGCAUUGCCAAUAUUGCAUGAUCGUUUCCAAGUUGGGCUGGAUCUUGAAAUACCCAGGAGUUUCACACUUGAGCCCCAGAUAUCCGAAAUCCUUCCGUCAUCGCCUCCUACACAGCUUCGCACUCCCGAACCACAUUUAGAACCAAGUUCUGAUACCCAAGCCGAGCGGGGUUUCCUAGAGAAGGAGGAUCAGAGUACGCUCUCGCAACCAUCUAAAGAGUUCCAACUUAGCACCGGGUUCAACUUCUCCUUCAAAACACCACCGGCAAUGAAACCAGCUUCGAUCUUGCUGACUCCAAAUCCAACCCCAUCACCACAGCGGACGACUGAGGGCUCAGUAAAAUCAAGUUCCAAUAGCCGAGCUGGAUCCAGUUUAUUCGAGCAGGAGGAGCAAAAGACUUUCUGGCCGACCAUGGGAAAAAUCCAACCCCAGACCAUGUUUGAUUUCUCGCUCAACAACCCGGUCAAAAAGCACCCAGCUUUGGGAACGGAUGACAAGCACCUAUUGACAAUCGAGUAG